AUGCGGGUGUCUAUGUUUCGGAGCGCGCAGCGGGCGCUAGCUCCACGCACCGAUGUAAAUUUCAAGGAUUUCGGAUUUUCGCUCAACUGCAAGGAGCUCUCAAAGAUGGUCGUUCUUUCAACCCCAAAUACCUGGGACAAGAGCAAGAUCGAGGUUGUACCCUACGCACCACUUCAACUGGAACCUAGUGCAACAAUCUUGAACUACGGUCAAGGCCUCUUCGAAGGAAUCAAGGCUCACAGGACGACGAAGGAUAGGAUAGUCGUCUUUCGAGGAGACAAAGGCGGGCAACGGGCAUCGAACGGUUCUGUGGCGUAUUGAAGAUGUUUACAACUACCCUACAGUCAUGUUAAUGAUGUUGUGUUUUGGAGCAUGAAAGAAUCUUUUUAUUUUGUUCAGCAUCACCCACCCUUCCUUGCCGUCCCGUCUUUGUGAAACUUCGUCUGAUGAGAGAAUAUUUCUUUAUUGUAUUAAGUAUUGUUUUGUGAUUGUGCUGCUGACCAGUUAUAAUAAUAGAUUUCUCAAACUACCAGAUUGAGUAUGCCACCAGUCCCGCAUGAGAUAUUCAUGGAGGCGAUUGGUGCAGCAGUGCGCGCCAAUUCAGACCUUGUGCCACCUGCCGGGACGGGAGCUUUGUACCUUAGGCCCAUCAUUUUUGGAAGUGGCGCGACACUCGGUCUAGGUCCUUCGACAAACUACCACUUUAUUACUUACGUGAGUCCUGUUGGAGAAUAUUUUAAGGGAGCAGCAGCGGCACAAGGAGCGCGCAUGAAGAUCGAGCGAGCACAUUCGCGAGCAGCAAAGAACGGUAAGCAAAACUUCAAAAUCUCGCGAUCUUAUUAUUGAAGAUGCAGCGAUGGUCUUCUUUAUUGAAUUUUCGACGAGAAUUUGCUUUUGCAAUGAAUAGUACACUUUUUAGGAGGAAAAUUAUGAAGCAAGUUAUUCUUAUCGUGUCAAAAAGCAUUUUUCUCAUACACUUGCACAGGUUCCGGAUCAGUGAAGGCAGGAGGCAACUACGCGCCAUGUUUCAAGUAUCAGAAGGGCGCAAAGGAGGAGGGUUACACAGACAUCAUUUACAUGGAUAACUGGACGGGCCAAACGGUGGAGGAGGUCGCUUGCGCAAACCUUUUUCUAGUCGAAAAGGACAGGAUCUGCACACCACCGCUUGGGCGAAUCUUGCCUGGAGUCACAAGAGCGAGUGUAUGCUGUUUAGACGGUUUUUCUUGCAUUUUCGACUAUUAAAGAACGCAAACAAUAACAGGCAGAGUCCAGACGACUGUCAUGUAACACUCAAGAACAGAAAUACUAGGCAGGCACUUUUUACCUUUACGAUUACGAUGUUGCUCAGAUUUAUGCGUUCCCCAUCUCUCUCAUGGAAGCUUUUCGUUCAUUCAAAUUCAGAUACUGCAACUACUGCGAGACCUUCCUCCAGAGGAGCUUGGUGGGCGAACUCUCUAUGAAGGAGAUCUGACGAUGGAAAACUUUGCCAAAGCAGAGGAAGCUUUUUGCACCGGCACAGCGACAGUCGUUAGCCCAAUAUCACACAUUGGCGAAACAGGCGGAAGUCCCAACGCGUGGGAUUACAAGCCAAUGGUACGUACGAUGGAUGAAGGCAUUCUUUCUUGGGGUUGUUCACAGUUUGAAUGUUUAUGCAUGACCGAUUUGUUUUCAUUGAUGAUGCACCGUACUUAUCGAGUCUCGUAAUUCUAGAACGACGCGCGAUCUUAGGAACGUCUGUCAUCUAUCUUCUCAGGGUCCCGUUACGAAACGACUUCGUGAGAUCGUGACGGGUAUUCAAGACGAGAGUUACCCUGACGUCUAUGGUUGGUUGCGCGAUCCUUUUGAUGAAGCAAACUUCGCAGCACCUAUUGCUGACGAAUCGAAGAAAAUAGAACUGCCUGCCGAUGCUUUUGCCAAGAAAGGAUGAACGAUUUCCUUUCCAGUCUCGUAGUCAGAUGAUAUUCAACAAGAACAACUUUGUUCUCGAACAAGGAGUGUCUAGAUGAAUGAAGUCCUGGUUUGAUUGACCAGAUUAGAGGUCUUAGUGGUGUGAUUUCUGGAUUGGUAAUUCUUAUCUACCACAUCAACUCACUUUUUGAAAAACAUUUUUUAUGAAAAAGAGCGAUUGCGCUUCUUCGUUGGGGAACGUUCGACUGUGUUGAUUCGAGUACGAUUAUCUGUCCUAGCUAGGACUUGGAGGUCGCUUAAACGUCUACGUGUGAAGUUGUCUUUAGUUCUUAAGCUGGCGCCGAUGACAAGUGUAAUUAAUGGAAAAACAUGGGCAUCCGAAAAUGGUAGAGACGACCUCAUCAUAGGAUCAAGAUCAAACGACUGAUUUUCGUGUUUAUGUUCUUUGAUUCAAUGACAACCAAUUCGCUAAGCGUAUUCAUGAAUUUUGCUUGUGGGGGAGCCUCGUCUUCAAGAACACGGGCACCAACGCGAAUCAUAGCAGUAUACAGUUUGACCUCAUCCUCCUUGGCGGGCUAAAUUGUAAGUUGCUGAUGAAAGACAGCAAUAUUAGUUGAAUCAGCGCAACG